AUGUCGAAAACUCAACAUGAGGAUGAAAAAGUCAUCAACUCAGAUCAAGUGAACUCCACUAAUGAAUCAGAAUUAUUCUAUGAAGAUGAAGAUGAAUUUAAUGAUGAAGAACCUAAUAAUUUCAUUGAUAAAAUAGGUCUUAGAUUUAAUGCUGAAAUUAGAGGUGUUCAAAGAGUUCCCGAAACUAAAAGAGUAGAUAAUAGUUUAUUAUCACCUUUAUUUAUGUUCUUAUCUCCAAAUUUAGCUAUAUCAGCCUUAUCAACUGGUGCAUUAGGUCCCACUGUAUUUGGCCUUGAUUUCAAAACUUCAGUUAUAGUCAUUGUUAUAUGGUCUAUAAUUGGUGCUUUACCAGUGGGAUUCUAUUGCGCAUUUGGAAUGAGAUUUGGAUUAAGACAACAAAUUAUGUCAAGAUAUUUCACGGGGAAUAUUAUGGGAAGAAUAUUUGCUUUAUUUAAUGUUAUUUCAUGUAUUGGUUGGAAUGCAAUUAAUGUGAUUCCUUGUGUUCAACUUUUAACGGCAAUAGGUCCAUUACCAGCUUGGGCUGGAUGUCUUAUAUUUGUCAUUAUUACUUGUAUAUUAGCUGUGUUUGGUUAUAAAACCGUUCAUCUUUAUGAAAGAUAUAGUUGGAUUCCAAAUUUUGCUAUUUAUAUUAUUUUAAUUGUUAAAUUUGCUCAAUCUCAUUCAUUUACUUGGGGUACAAUGGAAGGUUCAUCAGCUACCAAAGCAGGGAAUGUAUUAACUUUUAUUUCAACUAUUUUUGGUUUCGCUGCCGGUUGGGCUCCUUCUGCUGCUGAUUAUACUGUUUAUAUGCCUCAUAAUACUCCAGCUUGGAAAGUUGGUACUGCUAUGGUUAUUGGAGUUUCAACUCCCACUAUUUUUGCUGCUAUUUUAGGGGCAGCAGUUGCCAUGGGUACUUUUACUAAUGAUGCUUAUAAUGAAGCAUUUGAAUCUGGUUCAGUUGGGGGAUUAGUAUAUGAAAUAUUAUGUGGGAAUAAUACAAAUCAAGGUUAUAGAGUUGUAGUGGUUUUAUUGGCGUUAUCUGGUAUAGCUAAUAAUUUACCUGGAUCUUAUUCAUUAUCAGUUUCAAUUCAAUGUAUGUGGUCUAAAUUAGCUAAAAUACCAAGAUUAGUAUGGUGUAUUUUAGGAAAUUUCUUAAGUUUAGGAUUAUCAAUUCCUGCCUAUUAUGUAUUUGCAGCUGCUAUGUCAAAUUUCUUAUCUAUUAUAAGUUAUAAUGUUUCAAUUUAUCUUGGUAUCUCAUUAACUGAACAUUUCAUAUACAGAAAAGGAUUUAAAGGGUAUGAUGUUAGUAAUUUCAAUGAUAGACAAACGUUACCAAUUGGAAUUGCAGGAGUUGUGGCCUUUUGUUUUGGAGUUGUUUCAACUGUAUUAUGUAUGGAUCAAACAUGGUAUGUGGGGAUAAUUGCCAGAAAAUUAGGUGAUUACGGAGGAGAUAUUUCCUUUGAAUUAAAUAUUGUGUUUGCAUUUAUAGGUUAUAAUUUAGUACGUCCAUUUGAGAAGAAAUAUUUUGGUCGUUAA